AUGGCCGGACGAGCUGCUGCACUCGAUGACAAAGUCUUCUGUAUCGCAGACAUGCAAGAGGCAGCGAGGGCGAACCUACCCAAAAAGAAUCUCGACUACAUCGAGGGGGGUGCCAUGGAUCUGAUUACCCUCAAUGACAAUAUGAACUCUUUCAAUCGAUACAGGCUGCUGCCCCGAGUCAUGAAGGAUGUCAACGAUGUGGACACUUCUAGCGAGUGCUGGGGAUCUUCGUUUCCUAUGGGAUUUUCUCCGACCGGCAUGCACGGCGUUGCUCAUAGCGACAGAGAACUCGGCACCUCUCGAGCUGCAGCAAAGAACGGCAUUAAUAUGUGUCUCUCGUCCUGGGCUAACUCUGGUGUCCAGGAGGUAGUCGAUCAGGGUGCCCAGUACUCGAAUGCCUAUGGGAUGCAAUUGAGUGUGGUCAAAGAUCCCGAAAUCAACCUUUAUGUCAUGAGGAACGCGGAGGCUGCUGGAUGCAAAGUGCUUUGGAUCACUGUUGACCUUCCCAUCCUUGGUCGUCGCUUGAACGAGUACAGAAACAAGUUCCAAGUCCCAGACGAUCUGGAUAUGCCCAUCUUCCCUCCAGGCGCCAAUUGGCGUGAUACGGCGACGGACCCUCGUAUGGCGUAUGACCGAGGCCUCACAUGGGAGAGAGUCAAAUGGUUCAAGGAGAACACCAAGAUGGAGAUCUGGCUGAAAGGCAUUAUGGACCCUGAGGACGCCAAGCUCGCUGUGGAAGCCGGUGCAGACGGUAUUGUCGUCUCCAACCACGGCGGACGCCAGCUGGACAGCAUAUCCUCUACCCUUUCUGCCCUCCCUGGUGUCGUUGACGCUGUCGCUGGGCGCAUCCCGGUGCACUUUGACGGAGGGAUCCGAAGAGGGACAGACAUCUUCAAAGCUCUCGCCUUGGGUGCCGACCACGUCUUUGCUGGGCGAGUGGCCUUGUAUGGCUUGGCAUACAACGGCGAAGCGGGUGUCGAUUUGGCCAUCAAAAUGCUUCACAGAGAAUUCCUCGAAACCAUGAUCAUGGUGGGCGUGAACAAGGUCAAGGACAUUGGCAGGCAUCAUCUGGCGACUGUGAAUGCCGACGGCUCGCUUUCUAGGCUCAAGGAUUAG